AUGCACUGGGUACUGGGAAAGGCGGGGGACCAGGGCGGUGGCCCAAGAUGCUCUUCGACGCAUUAUUUCCUCCCCUCCGAUAGAGGGCGCUGCGUCCAGGCGCCGAGAGCGAGAAAGAGGAAGACGGGCAAGCAAGGCUGCGUUCGUGCUGACGCCUGCGCACGGCUAACUACACACCGGUUCCGCUCCCGCUCUUUCUUGGCUAGCGGCACCGAUUGGACCCGCAGGCGGGGCGCGAUGGUGGUGGGUACGGGCACGUCGCUGGCGCUCUCCUCCCUCCUGUCCCUGCUGCUCUUCGCUGGGAUGCAGAUGUACAGCCGCCAGCUGGCCUCCACAGAGUGGCUCACCAUCCAGGGGGGCCUGCUUGGCUCCGGCCUCUUCGUCUUCUCCCUCACUGCCUUCAAUAAUCUGGAGAAUCUUGUCUUUGGCAAAGGAUUCCAAGCAAAGAUCUUCCCCGAGAUUCUCCUCUGCCUCCUGUUGGCUCUCUUCGCAUCCGGCCUCAUCCACCGAGUCUGCGUCACCACCUGCUUCAUCUUCUCCAUGGUUGGUCUGUACUACAUCAACAAGAUCUCUUCCACCCUGUACCAGGCAACAGCUCCAGUCCUCACACCAGCCAAGGUCACGGGCAAGGGCAAGAAGAGAAACUGACCCUGAAUGUCCAAUAAAGUUGAUUCGUUGUA